AUGACAUCUCCAUAUUAUGUUAAAGUAUAUUAUACAAAACAACAACAACAACAACCAGAAAUACGUCGAUUUGCGAUUGAUAUAUCACCGGAAAAUGAUAAUAUUUAUCAAGAAUUAUGUACAAAAAUAGCUACAUAUCAACCUGAUAUUCAAUUAAAUGGUUUUACUCUUCAAUAUAUUGAUGAAGAAAAUGAACGUAUUACAUUUAGUUCAAGUGAAGAAUUACGUUCAGCAAUAUUGUCAAAUAAAGAUCCUAAUGCUCUUAAAAUUUUUAUUACUACCAAUCAAUCAGAACAACCAAUCAAUAGAGAACAACAUGCUGGUGUUGAAUGUGAUGGUUGUAAAGGUUCCAUUGUUGGUUUUCGUUAUAAAUGUGUUAUAUGUCCAAAUUAUGAUCUAUGUGACAAAUGUUCAUCAGCUGGUAUUCAUUCCGAACAUAAUAUGAUUAAAAUUUCUAAACCAGGAAAUUCUUAUCAUCCCUAUGGUUCACGUAAUCAUCAUCGGCGUCAUCAUCGUUUUACACCUCCAACUAUUCCAACACCAUUUUUACCUAAUCCAGAAUUUCUCGAACAAAUUCAAGCACAAAUUCCUCAAUGGUUACCAAAUCGAGAAAAUACGACUCAUAUUCAAUCUCAUAUACAACAUCAUUUCGAUAAUAUUAAAACUAAUACGCAAGCACAUAUGCAAAAUUCUAAACAAUAUCUUGAAAAUGUGGGUGAAUAUUUAAGACAAACAUUAUCACCAUUUGGUAUUGAUUGUGAUUAUCGUGUUGAUGAACCAACAUCAACAAAUGAAAAUGCAAGUUCAUCUGAACCGAGUACUGUACCAAAAGAUUCAACUACAAAUAGUAACAAUGAACCACAACAACAACAACAACAGAGUGGAAUUUCAUCAUUGUUAAAUAUGUUUCGUACAAGUGGAUCAAAUGAAACACAAAACUCGCCUGAAAGAACAGUAGAAGAAUGUAUUGAAAAAUUGAAAGCCAUGGGAUUUGAUGAAACAGAUGAACGUCUUAUGGAACUUAUACGUUCAAAACAAGGUGAUUUAAAUUCGAUUCUUGAUGAAAUUAAUACACGUGAAAAGCAAGAUUAA